GUAGAGUGUGCUUCUGUUAUGUGUGCCAUGGACUCAGCCCAGUAAUAUUGACAAUAGGGUGAAAAGAGAUUGCCCUAAAUUAAACAGAGUCAAAAGCAAAAUAACCAGAAAACACAGGGGUGCGCUGCAAGCAAGCGAUUGCGUAAACUAUCAGGGAAUGUGAUUCAUUUAUUUUCGUUUUUUUAUAUAUUCGUAUUUCGUUAUUAAUGGGACUCGGAGGAUUAUUUCGUUAGAAGGUAAAAGGUGCUUGUGGGUUUGGCUGUCUAAAAAAGGCCAAGAUAGCUUUUUCUGCUAUUGCCGCUGCUAGGAGUGGCUAAUUGCACAGGACUGAAAACAUCCUAGUUUAGCAAGCAAAAUACUGUUUAAUAGGAUCACUCCUUGCCACCAUCUCCACUCCGAAACACAGAGGAUCAAGGGCUAUGUCCUCAGCAGCCACUACACCUCCAUCAGUGGACAAAGUGGACGGAUUUUCCCGGAAGUCUGUCAGGAAGGCCAAACAGAAGAGGUCGCAGAGUUCCUCGCAGUUCCGGUCUCAGGGCAAACCCAUUGAGCUCACUCCUUUGCCACUGCUGAAAGACGUCCCUGCGCCGGAGCAGCCGGAGCUGUUCCUGAAGAAGCUGCAGCAGUGCUGCACGCUCUUCGACUUCAUGGACACGCUGUCCGACCUCAAGAUGAAGGAGUACAAGCGCUCCACCCUCAACGAGCUGGUGGACUACGUCACCGUCAGCCGGGGCUACCUGACGGAGCAGGCCUACCCCGAGGUCGUCAAAAUGGUGUCCUACAAUAUAUUCCGGACCCUUCCUCCCAGCGACAGUAAUGAAUUUGACCCGGAGGAGGACGAGCCGACGCUCGAGGCCUCAUGGCCUCACUUACAGCUUGUAUACGAGUUCUUCAUACGGUUCUUGGAGAGUCAAGAAUUCCAGCCCAGCAUUGCCAAAAAGUACAUAGACCAGAAAUUUGUAUUACAGCUUCUCGAGCUCUUCGACAGCGAGGACCCCCGGGAGCGAGACUACCUGAAGACAGUCUUACACAGAAUUUACGGGAAGUUCCUGGGGCUGCGGGCUUUUAUACGAAAACAGAUUAACAAUAUUUUUCUACGUUUUGUUUAUGAAACUGAACACUUCAACGGGGUAGCUGAGCUGCUGGAGAUCUUGGGAAGCAUAAUCAAUGGCUUCGCUCUGCCUCUCAAGGCCGAGCACAAACAGUUCCUGGUCAAAGUGUUGAUUCCCCUGCACACGGUCCGGAGUCUCUCCCUCUUCCACGCACAGUUGGCGUAUUGUAUUGUACAGUUCCUAGAGAAAGACCCAGCACUAACAGAACCAGUCAUCAGAGGCUUGCUAAAGUUCUGGCCGAAAACCUGCAGUCAAAAGGAGGUGAUGUUCCUGGGGGAGCUGGAGGAGAUUUUGGACGUGAUCGAGCCCACGCAGUUCGUCAAGAUCCAGGAGCACCUCUUUAAGCAGAUCUCCAGAUGCGUCUCCAGCCCACACUUUCAGGUGGCUGAGCGCGCCUUGUACUACUGGAACAACGAGUACAUCAUGAGUCUGAUCGAGGAGAACUCCAGCGUCAUCCUGCCCAUCAUGUUUGCCAGCCUCUACAGGAUCUCCAAAGAACACUGGAACCCGGCGAUCGUAGCUUUAGUCUACAAUGUACUGAAAGCAUUCAUGGAAAUGAACAGUACUUUGUUCGAUGAACUCACAGCGACAUACAAGUCGGAUCGCCAGCGGGAGAAGAAAAAGGAGAAGGAGCGGGAGGAGCUGUGGAAGAAGCUGGAGGACCUGGAGCUGAAGCGGGCUUCGGAGCGACGGGAUAAUCCCCACUUAACAGCGGCGGGCGCUGCUCCGCCCGUCGCCUAGCGCCCCCACCCAUCCACGGCCGCCUCGUGCCAGAUGGAGCAACCGUUCUUUUUUUUUUUUUUUCCUGUAUUGUGCGACUUACUUUACGGUAGAUUUCACACGUCUGUUUCAUUAUUUCAGCAGCACUGUAAAUAACUUUUUUUUUUUUCUUUUCCCUUAAAAUAUUACACCGAAGAAAAAAAAAAUAAAUAAAGAAAAACGAAGAAAAAAAAAAAUAAAAAACGAGAAAAAGGAACAUGUCGGAGGAUAAAAAAGAGACUUUGGACUGUAGGACUUGAAACGAACUCUUCUGUAUAAAAAACAAAAUGAAAAAAAACUAAGAAAAAAAUCCAUUUUAAAAAAAGAAAGGUAAUUGUUUUAACCUUCAUCCUGUCUCUGCCCUCGGUUGGCCCCUCCCCUCUGAAUCCUGUCCCCUCCCCCUCUCCUGGUCCCAGCUCUCUCUCCAAGGUGCGAUCGUACCUUUACCUCUUUCGAGGGCUGCGUUCCUGACUGUGCGGAAUACGAGGUUCCUUCAGGAGGCCGGCAGUGGGGGGGGGGGUCUACGCUGGGCCCUAAACAUGAGGAUGCACCCUGCCCCCCCUCCCUCGAGGCUCACCCCCUCCCCUCCCAAACUGUUACAGAACCAUUAGUCUGAAGGAAGAAAACAAAAAUGAAUUUUCAAGCCCCCCCUCCACCCCAGACUCCUGCAUUAGUCUGGGAAGUAACAAAAAAAAUGGAAAAUAAAUUAUUGCACACUUUCAUUUUCUUCCCUCUUACUUUAUUUCUGUUUCGGAAGUUUGUGUGCGUCUGACCAAACCACCCGUUUGAUUUUGUCAGAUCUUUAUUGUUUCUUUGGUUCCUGUCCUUUCUGUUCAGUACCGGGUGGUACCGGUCUGGUACUGGUACCGUUGAUCAGUAACCUGUAAAGAUGAACCUGUUAACAACCGCAAGCUGUAGAGGUUCCCAAGUUAGUGGUGAACUUGUGAAACUCAUGUAUUGUGAAAAGGAACACUAUUUGUGUCAGUUCUUCACAGUAUUAAGAAUCUGUAUAUUAAUGAAUGCAGUACAUUGAUAUCUUGUAUCUUGUAGUAAUUUAGCUUAUAUUUUCUUAGGAACAGUUGAGGAGUAUCCAGUAUAUAAAGUGGUAUAAUGGAACAAGACUUCCUGGUUUUAUGAUGCUGUUUUCUCCCCGUUUCCCUUUUUUAUUAUUAAGUUCUUUUUGAUCAUAUGCUUUUUUUUAAAGGGGUGGAGUGCAGGAAGGGGGUGGGGUUUUGGGGAGGAUUCAACAUCGUGCUCAAAUCAACAGUAACAACUGCGUUAUCGACCCCAUUCAACUUCGAUGUGUGCUUUAGGACGGCCCAGAUAUAAUACAGUUAAAAACAAAACAAAGGGUUGGUUAAAUAAAAAUGUCUAAUUAUUUUAAAAAAAUAAAGAGAUGUUAAAUUAAACCUGUUUUCUGAUAAA